UCGCCUGAGUUGUAGUAGAUUAAUUUUUUAUUUACAAAAUAUUAAGUUCAGCUAGCUUUAUACUUGUGAUAAUUUAAUAAAUGAGUGGUUUGUUAAUAAUAUUUUUGAUAUAUAUUAGCUUAAAAAAUUUACAAUAAUUCUGGGAUUCUAAAUACAAUAGCAAGGCUUAAAAAUAGAUUAUCAGUUAACGCAUAUAUAUUGCAGUAUUACUGUUCAAAAUAAGAAUGUCCAUAGCAUUGCUUUUAGAAAAGUACGAUGUGUCCAAUGCAGACGGUCUUCAAAUGGCUCUUAACGAAAUAGAAACAGAAGAGAAGGAAGUGAAUGAUGCCCUAACCAAUGCUUUAUCAAAAGCCUGCAGUCUGGAAGGUCGACUACGUUCUGCCAGUCAGGCUUAUACUAAGUUGGGUGAAGUAAAGAGUGACGCACAAGUGGCUGCUGACAUGGUAGAGAGAACUGCAACAUUAGCACGAGAUGUUAGUGCAAAAGUUCGCCAGCUAGAUCUUGCGAGGUCAAGAGUUGCGGAAUGUCAAAGAAGGGCUGAUGAUCUGAUAGAACUAAAGGUCUGCAGUGCUGGAGUUGAAGCAGCUAUCAAGGCUCAUGAUUAUGAAACUGCUGCAGGUCAUAUAUCACGUUUUCUGAGCAUGGAACCAGCUUCAGUGGCGGCCGCGCGGGCGAGAGGUGACACAGACCCCAGACUAAAUAUUACUUCAGCUGCGAGCACAUUGAGGGAUCACCUCGUCAAAAAGUUCGAAGAAGCGUCUAGAAAAGAAGAUGAUGAGUCAAUAGAGCGACUGUUCAAGCUGUUCCCACAGAUUGGUUACGCUGAGCAAGGAGUGGACUUGCUAGCCAAAUAUGUUGCCUCACAGCUAGAGAUGAAGGUGCGUCGCGCUAGCGUGGUGACUGGCAAUCCAGCAGAGGGCGCCGUGUACGCAGAUGCGCUUACGCGGGCUUUAGAAGCGGCGGCGGAGCGAAUUGAGCGUGUUCGCUUGUUGUGCACGCCCGCUCCGCUUACAUUUCCCCGCGCUCUCGGCGUCCUACAGACCGCUGUGAGUAACGGCGCGCGCGCAGUGUGUCGCGAGGUGGUGACGGCGCGGGGCGGGGCGAUGACGUCACGCGGCUCGGGGGCGGGGCCUCGCGCUGUGGAGCCAGCUCUUGCGGAGCUCGCUCUUGCGCACUCUCGCGUGCAAAUGUAUUUCAAUUUCUUGCGGCGCCGAGUUGACCUCAACACUUAUCCGGACGAGGCAUCCAAGACCUCAUGCACGAACGCCGUAGAAAAGAUAAUAUCAGAUUGUGAGCUCACGCGAGCCGCUCAGGACAUACUCACACAAUACUUGACUCUGGAAAGAUACUACCUGGAAGAGAGUGUUAAUAAAGCGCUGAAACUGUCGAACCAGCAGCCAGGAGAGACCAGCUCUAGUCUAGUGGAUGAUGUUUUCUUUAUUGUACGGAAGGUAAUAAGGCGUGGCGUGACGACGGGCAGCGUGGAAGGUGCGUGCUGCGCCGUGAACGAGGCGGGGGCUCAGCUGGAGCGGGCGGCGGCGGCGCUGGCCCGGCGCCUGGCGCGGCCGCCACCCGACCCGCUGCCGCUGCCGCCGCCGCCACGGUCGCGCUACACUCGGGACGCCACGCCGCUGCAUCUGUCCGCAGAGCACGACGCGCACCGCGCACUCUACUUUUCGCAAGCGACGGAGGCUGAGAGUGGUGCUGAGUGGAGCGAGCGCGUGUCGCUAGAGGCGUGCGAGCUGGGUGAGGCGCUGUGCCGCGGCGAGGCGGAGCGCGGCAAGCUGCGGUCGUGCGCCAGCCAGCUGUCGGCCGCCGCCAGCGCCUUCCGCGACGCCGCGCGCCUGGCCCGCGCCGCGCUGCUGGCCGCCAUGCACGACGCGCUGGCCGACUGGGCGCGCCACCUGGCGGACUCACGCGCCGACCCCGAGGAACUGGAAGAGGAUGCGAAUGCAUUGCCCUCGGCGUUGGACGUGCUCGCGGAAGAGGUCCGCAAUCAGAUGCCAAACUCUGCGGACGCGUUCUUGGCCGAUGUUGUAAACGAUAUCGUGACGCGAGCUGAAAAAUAUAUGGCGAAAAACCACUAUGAUAGAGACAGCGCAGCGUGCGUGGAGCGACGCUGCCGGCGACUGUCCGCGUGGGUCGGGUGGAGCGCAGCGGGCGCGCGGGAGGCGUGCGCCAACCUGACGCGAGCUGCGUGCCGGGCGUACCUCGACGACCGGAGCGACACCACAUUCUAAACGCCGUUGCUGUCAAUUUUAUGGCCUUUCAUCAUACAAUCAAUAAAUAUGACUAUUUAUUAUAGAUAAUAUUGUUACA